AUGUCCAGGCUUUCGGGGACAUCGUCGCUUAAUAACAGCGGUCCAGGAGGAAGACCCAAUCAAAAAAUCCAAUCGUCACGAGAUGAAUUGAUUCAUAACCGGUAUAGAUUAGAUGAACCUCAAGGUGUUUUCCCCUUGGAUAAUUUCCCAAUUUCAGAGUUCAAUGGCACUGCUUCUCAUCAUCAAGGUGGUCACUUCACUAUUCAACAACAUUCUUCUGCUGGUUCUGGUAGUUCUGGUGGUUUUGGACUUGGUUCUGGUGUCUCCCAUAAAUAUCCUGAUUUCCAACCUUGGGAACAUAGUCCUCAAGAAGAUAAUUUAGCUGUUAAUCAUUUACAAAAAGGAUUUUUCGAAACUCCUUACGUUGCUAAUGAAUUAUUAUCUGCUAGAAAUAUCAUGCAUCAAUUAUUAAGAUCUCAAUCUUCAUUAGAGGCAUUAUCUUCAAAUUUAUUAGAAGCUAUUGAUGUUAGAUCCUCAAAUAAUAAAAUUGGUCCAAGUAGUUACAAACCACCUCCAAGAGUUACAUUAACUGAUCAAAAAAGAGAAAAUUGGUUAAAAGAUUUAGCAAAUAAUGAUGUUUCAUUAAGGAAACUAGCAAGAACUAUACCUCAUGGUGUUCGUAAUAAAAGUCUUUUGGAUCAAUGUGUCCUUAAAAGAAUUCCAAUAAAUAGAGCUAUAUGGUUUGUUCGUUGUGUUGGUACUAAUGAAUUAAGAGGUCUCAAGAGGAAAGGUGGAGCAAAUAUAGAAUUUAAUUGGAUCCAAGAAUGGACUUUACAAGUUGUUGAAUAUAUUGAAAAAUUAUCAUUAGAAUAUCUUAAAUAUGAAAAUUGUGCAAAUAAAGAAAACAAUAUUGAUAUGAAAUUAUGGAAGGCUAAAUUAACUUAUAUUAUAAGAUUUACUGCAAAUUUAUACAUGGAACAAUUAAUUGAUAAAGAAACAUUUAAGAAUUGGAUUAGUAGGUUUUUCAAAAAUUGUAAAAAUUUUGAACUACCAUUAUCAUUAACUAUAAUUAAGAUUUUUUGGAUUGAUAUUUUGAAAACUGAUUAUUUAAUAAAAGAAUUAACUGAAUCAUUAUUAAUACGAUAUCAUUUAAUAAAUUCAAAUAAACAUGUUUUGGAUUCAAAAGAUUUAAAUAUAACAGAUCAAAAAUUAAAUGAACAAAUUAAAAAUAAAUUGUUGAAAAUUUUACAAAAUUUAAUCAUUGAUUCAUUUAAUCAAUCAAUUGAUAAUUUUAUAUUACCAAAUUCUUGGAAUCAAUUAAAAUCAAUAAUAAAAUCAAUUAUUAUCAAAUCAAAUGAUAAUAAUUAUGAAACUUCUAAAAAAUUUGAUCAUAUAAGUUAUAGAAAUGAAUCAUUAAUGAUUAAUUAUUCAUUAGAUUCCAAAGAGCAAGAAAACACUUUAAUUCAAAUUUUAGAUCAAAAUACAUUAAUUUAUGAUUUUAAAUUAAUUAUUGAAUUAAUUUUCAAUGAAUCUUGGAAAAAUAAUUUAAAAUUAUUAAUCCACUGGUCAAUAACAAAAUUUAGAGAUGGAAUUGAAAGAAUUUAUUUAAUUGUGGAAAUUUUUAAAAAUUUUAAACAAUUUCAAAAAUUAAUAUCACAUAAAGAUAUUGAAUCUGAAGUUUUAAAUAUUAUAUUCAACUUGAAAAAUCAUUUAAAUAUGAUUAAUUUUGAUCAAUUAUUUUUAUUAUUAAAUGAAUUAUCAUCAUCUUCAACAACUAAAUUUUUCAAAAUUAAUAUAUAUGUACGGAAAUUAAUAAGUUCUGGUUUAACUUAUUUGUUGGAUAAUCAAGAUGAAAAGAAUUUACAUGCAUCUAUUUUAAAAAAUUUAAAAAAUGGUAUAACUUCACAAUCUUUAUUAGUUUUGAAAAAUUUAGAUUCAACAUUUGAUGAAACUUUUAAAUUACAAAUUGAAAAAAAUUUAGAGUUUGCUAAAAAUUUAAUUAAUAAUUCAAUUCAAAUUGAAGGUGAAUUAGAUAAUAAUUCAUUAAUUUUCAUUAAGUCAUUACCAAUGGGUAUAAAAUUGAAACUUUCAGAUUAUAUAUUGAAAAAUUUAGUUGAUGAUGUAAAUUCAAAUACAAAUUUUUCAAUAUUAUCUAGAAUUUUUGAUGCUUUGGGAGAUUAUAGAUGUUUUCAUAAUUAUAUUUUGAAAAUAUUGGGGGGAAAUACCUUAUCAUUAGAUAAUUUAGAAUCAAUAUCAGAAUUUAUAAUCAGUUUUAGCAGGCUAACUGGAUUAUUUACAAAUUUUGAUCGUAUAACUGAAUUAUUUAUCUUAAAUUAUAAUAGAAUUUCAAUGAAAUAUAUUGAUUUAAAUAAAUUUUGGAAUUUAAUGUUGGGAGUUAUUAAAGAUGAUAAAUUACAAAUUGAAGUUAAACAAAUUAUUAAUAAUAAUAAAAUUUUUAAAGAUAUUGAUACUGAUUUCUUACAGAAAACAAUAUUAGAAUCUUCAAUUGAAAUUGAAUUUGAAGAUUUUAUAUCAAUUUCAAAUUUCCAUAAUAAUUUCCAAGUUUUAAUUCGUUUAAUUUUCAAUGGUGCAAAUUCAAAUGAUUUAAUAAUAAAAAGAUCUAUAUUAACAUUAUUGAAAUUCUUAAAAAGACAAAAUUUUACAGAAUUUAAUAAAAUUUUAUUCAUAUAUAUUAAAAAAACUUAUUCAAAUGCAAAUGAAAUUUUUAGACAAGAACCAAUCUUAGAUUUAAUUGUUUCAGAAUUAGUUCCAUUAAAUCUUGUUGUGGAUACUUUUAUUAAUUUCCAAUCAAAUAUUUAUACCACAAUUGUUAAAGAUUUAUUAUUUAGAGAUUUUUCAGAAUUUAAAAAUUUUGACUAUUUAAAAUUCAAUUAUUUAAGGUUACAAUAUUUACAAAAAAAUCAAUCAAUUGUUUUAACAUUAUUUAAAAAUUCAAUUGAAGAUUUUACAGAUGUUUUGAAUAAUAAUAAUAAUAAUGUUAAAAAUGAAAAUAUUCAAUCAGAUUCAACAGAUAUUUUAAAUAAUUUCUUAUCAGAUCAUCAACAUAUUAAUAAAUCAAAUAAUUCCAAUUAUAAAAAUGAAUUUUUAAAUUUUUUUUUACAAAAUUUAAUAUAUAAUCAAGGUUUAGUUAUCAAGAUUUUCAAUAUUGAUGAAAAUGAUGAAUAUAGAUCAAAAUUUUUAUCAAUUUUAAAUGAUGCAUUAUUUUCAGAAUCUAUUACGUUAUCAAAAUCUACUAUUGAAACUGAAGAUUUAUCAAAUUUAAUUAAAUUAAUUUCAAAUAAUAUUAAUGAUUUAAAUUUACCAGUUUUCCAAUUAUUAUUUAAAUUGAAAAUGGAUGUUGUUAAAUCAAAUCCUCAAUUAAUUUUAGAAUUUUUCAAUUCUUUAACAGAAAAUAUUAAAAAUGAUGAAGGUUCAAUUGGUUCACUUUUUGAAUUAGUUGACGAUGAAAUGAAGAAAAAAUUUAUUCAUUAUUUAGAAAAUUUAUUUUUAACUUCAAAAAAAUUCCCACAAAUUUCAAUUGAUGAUACUAAAAUUCCAUUAAAUUUAAUUUCUGAUAAUUUAAUUAAACUUUCUAAAAAAUUUGAAAAAGUUGAAUUACCAGAUGAAUUAUUAUUUGCUUUGGAUAAUUCAUUAGAAUUAUUAUUAAAAAUUGUUAAUAAAUCAGAAUUUACCACUGAUUUAUAUGAUUCUUUGGGAUUAUUUUUAAGAAUUAUUAUAAUUCAUAAGGCAUUUAUUAUUGAUAUAAUUGUGGAAAGAAAUUCCAUAAAAGAAACAUUUUUAAAUAAUUUAGUUAAUUUAUUAACUUCAAAAUUUAUUUCACAAAAUUUACCAUUGAAAAAUCUUUUAUAUGAUUUAUUACUUUCAUUUAAAUCAAAUGUUAAUGAAAUGAAUAUUUCAAAUAAAUCAAAUAUUGUUAAAUUACCAAUUUCUUUAAUAAAUUUACCUGCAAUUUCAGAAAAUUCUACAAUAAAUCAUGGGAAUCAAUUUAAUUCAAAUAUUCAUGAUGAAUCAAUUAUAAAUGAUUUAUAUAUAUAUAAUAAAUCAUCCAAAACAUAUAAUGAAUUAAAUGUUAAAGCAUUUGAUCUUGUUGAAGAUUCUAAUCCAGUGGAAAAUUUGAAUGACACUGCAAUAAAUUUACAACUAUUUGAAACAUCAAUUGAAAGAAAAAAUCCAGCAUAA